AUGACGAGCCUCGUCACGCAGCACAAAACGUACGUGCACCACAUCGCCCUCGACCCAUCGGGAACCCUCCUGGCGUCGUGCUCAAGUGAUAAGACAGUGGAAGUGUUCCACCGUCGCACCGUAACUGGUGGCGAAGCCAUCUGGGAGCCUGGCUGCAUGAUACACGACCACUCAGGCCCAGUGUUGAGCAUAGCUUGGUGCCAGCACCGCGAGCAUGGCCCCCUCCUCGCCACUGCCGGGGCAGACCGCUGGAUUUACAUAUAUCGUAUCAUUAUCUCUUCUCACGAGGGGAGAACGCUACUGCACACGGUGCGCUGGUCUCCCGUGCGCGGGUACGAGAAGGACGUCAUCACCAACGUGGCCUUUGUGCCACCGCAGCAGUACCACGCUCUGCUCCUCUCGACUGCCUCUUUGGACGGCUGCGUUCGCCUCUACGAGGUGCACCAGCCACAGCAGUUUCCGUGCGUGUGCAGAAUAUCCCCGGAGGCCGAUGCCGCGGCAGAAGGGGCCAGUGAAAGCACUGCUUCUGCGGUAGGAAUGUCUGCCGGCGCUGCGUCACACUCCGCCGGCAGCGCAGCUGUGGAGCGCCGUGAGGAUGCGUCGGCGUCGCCGCCGGUUUCCUCAGUGCCGAUGUUGCGCUCCGGCGGGGUCACGGCCAUUGAUUGGUUCCCAGGCUCUGCGGAGCGUACGAUGACCCUUGCCGUCGGCACCGUAUCGGGACGCUUCUUUCUCUACCGCUACAUCAAGGAUUCGAGUUCCUUUAUGACCAUAUCGUUGCCGCCGGUCGAGUCCGGCGUACUGCGCUGCAGUGCACCCGUGUGCAACGUGAGUUGGGCUCCCUGCGUUGGCCGCCGCUUUCAGCUCCUAUCGAUAUGCUCCCGACGUGAAGUGUUUCUUCUCCGUCUCAACUGUGUGUCGCCGUCCAUUGACGAGAAGCGCAGCUUCGAGCUGUUUCGGGUUCCAUUUGGAGCUGCCAGCGCGUCCUGGAGCCGGUCGAGCACCCUCCUGUACCUCGCCAGGGACGACCGACACACGCAGAUGGUUGUGCUGCAGAUGGCAAACCCGCUCGACCACCAGUCGUGGAAGGUGGUCUCUCGAAAUGCAGUCGAGUAA